ACAAUUUCGACUACGUAAACGUCAAUGCAUUGUUUUGUUUUGCUGGCUUUGUCUGAACAGCUGAUUGUGAUUUAAAUAAUUAGGAAAUGUAAAUUUCAGGGAAUUAUAAUGAUUUCCAAGGUGCUAUUAGUGUUGUUGGUGGCUGUGUUCGCGGGUGGAUAUGGUGAUGUUAUUAAUUUUGAUUUAUCCACGUAUAAACCCGAUGAUGUUGAUACGCACGUAUUUAUGCAGUUUCAUAAUUUCUCCACUGAUUAUUCGGAGAUAAUUAUUAGUAAUAUAGGCGAUAAUGUUGGUUUUAUUGUCGUACAAGUUCAUAGUUAUUUAACCAACGUAACUUUGGCUUUUAACAACUCCAGUGACAUUCAUUCCAGAGUAAUUGGAACGAAUAUAGGUUUAAUCUAUGCAGAUGACAACUCGACUGCCUUUUUCUCUGUAAAUAAAAAAUACAAGAGGAGUAUUAAUAUUUUACUUGUCGUUACAAUACAUAAAGAUACAGAUCCUGUACCAGGAGGUUGCAAUUUAACGUUUAACAACAAAGUGGCCCCAUACCAGAUGUUAUCUUUCACUGACGAUCUUAUAAGAGUCGAUUUUCAGGCCCCGUCAGGCUAUGGGGUCGAUUGUGAUAAAAACCCCAUUAAAAUAGACAAAUACCACCUAUUUUUGCCUGAAUAUGACAAUACUGAGGCGAUAUAUUUCGAUUAUCUGCUAAAGAUGAUUAAAGUGGAAGAUAUUGUUAAAAAUGGUUACAGAGCUAGGAAUUAUGAAGGGUAUUAUAAAUAUAGGACUCUGUAUAGUACUUAUAGGGGUACUGGGGAGGUUUUUGUGGUUGUUGCCACUUAUAACAAUGCCAGUUCUGCAUAUGUACCAGCUAUUUCAUUUGGUUGUGAUUAUAUUAAUAGUUGGAGUGAAUCUUGUAGUGGACCAUCAACAACUCAUUGGAAGUACGUUUGUGCCACAUACCUAAUAUUUGGGAUGUUUGUGUGCCUAUUAGGGCAUUAUUUUUACAAAACUUCCAUAACAAUAUCAGCAUAUAUUUCCGGAGUUCUUAUAACAUACAUUGUUGUUAGUUUAACCGGCAACUUUACUUUUGAAGAGAGAUCGACGACUUCUUUGGUUCUUGGUUUAGCAUAUGCAAUGGCCUGGUUAUUUAUUUGGUGUCGUUUUGGCAGCCCUUUUGUUUCCACCAGUUUAUCAUAUUUGUUGACUGGGUUUUUGAUUGCCUCCUGUAUUUUUUACAUUAUAGCGGAUUUGCCAAUGUUCCGCAACAACGCCAACUAUUGGCUAACCUUUAACGGAAUUAUAUCUGGAACUUUUAUAAUUCUGUGGUCCUUCUACAGCAUGGGGCAUAUUGUCUCGUGCGCACUCUUAGGCUCCUACGCCGUAACCGCAGCCCUAAACUACUAUUGCGGCGGGUAUUUUCAAUACAUCGUAUUAAAUUCCAUCAAAAGGGCCACCGUUAAAAACUACUACAUGGCUGUUGUUGAUCCGCCAUAUCAAGCAAUUGAUUUGAUGUUGACUGUGCUAUGGGCCGUACUAUUUCUCACUGGAUGUUGCAUCCAAAACAAAAUUCAACGAAGAAGGGCGCCGUUCCCAUCUUCGAGAAACUAUUUCAGAGAUGCACCUCUACUGUUAAGAGGUCGACUUUUUUUCGAUCAAUCCCUCAACGAAAACGAGGAACAACGAAGCCAAAGAGAACAGCAAACGGAAACGUCCCCCUUACUUCGUAACGUACCCGAAUAUGUUUGAUAUACUUUAUCCAACCUACCAUGACCUGACCUGCUUUGCUGGACGUACUAUAAAUUGUAUGCAUGUUGAUAUAUUUUUGUAAUCAGUUUAAUUAAUAAAUCGCUUUAUAACAAGAC